ACUUCGAAAACAAAGAUGAAGGAUCUUCUAGAAAUUUUGGUUUCAGCUUCUGAAUAUGCUCAGCUUCCAAUUCGACCAGGUGAGGAAGAGCUGAAAAGAAAAUUGAUCAACCACCAGAGGUUUUCUGUUGAAAACCCCAAGUGCAUGGAUCCGCAUGAGAAGGCAAAUGUGUUGUUACAAGCCCACUUCUCAAGACAUACAGUGGUAGGAAAUCUAGCAGUCGAUCAGAGAGAGGUUCUCCUCUCUGCUAACAGGUUGCUUCAGGCUAUGGUUGAUGUUAUUUCCAGCAAUGGGUGGCUCAAUCUAGCUCUUCUCGCGAUGGAAGUGAGUCAGAUGGUGACUCAAGGCAUGUGGGAGCUUGACUCCAUUCUUCUGCAACUUCCACACUUCACAAGGGAGCUGGCGAAGAGGUGUGAAGAAAAUCCAGGGAAGAGUACUGGAACAGUCUUUGAUUUGAUGGAGAUGGAGAAUGAUGAAAGGCAUGAGCUGCUCCAGAUAUCAGAGUCACAGCUGCAGGACAUCAUCCACUUUUGCAACCACUUUCCUAACAUUGAUAUGGUGUACGAGGUGCUGGAUAGUGAUGAUGUGAGGCCUGGGGAAAAUGUUACCUUGCAGGUCACCCUUGAGCGAGACUUUGAGGGGCGUGAGGGGCGCGAGGGGCGCUCAGAGGUUGGACUAGUUGAUGCACCCAGAUACCCGAAAGCCAAGAAGAGGGGUGGUGGCUUGUGGUUGGUGACAGCAAAAGCCAGCAGCUGCUGGCGAUAAAGAGGGUGUCGCUGCAACGGAGGGCAUAAGUCAAGCUUGACUUCACUGCUCCUGCAGAAGUUGGAAAGUAAGUCAUAUAUGCUGUAUUUUGUGUGUGAUUCGUAUCUAGGAUGUGACCAGGAAUACAGUUUUACAAUUGAUGUCAGAGACGCAGCAGAAGGUGGUUGAGAUGGGAGAGUGAGUCAAUUGCCAUGGCAGCCUUUUGAUCCUGGUCGAUGAGGGCAUGCUUGAUGUACAAAGUGGGCCUCUGUUUAUCUGCUGAUUUUGCACUUAUGUUCUGGUAUUAUCUCUUUCCACAUGCGGUUUUUUUCCCUUGCAUCAGGUAAACACUUUCUGAUGUUGCUUUCUGUUUUCCUCAAUGAUUGUAACUUAACACAAGGAACAACGUUAACUCAAGCAUUUAGCAGCCAUAGACCAAAGUUAUCUGUUGCUACUGUUUGCUUUGGAUGCUUCAGAACAUAACUGUUUUCACUC